AUGCCAAAAGUUGCCAUUUUGAUUUACUCAGUAGACGACACAAUUGCCAAAUUGGCAGAAAAUGAGAAAAGAGGUAUUGAGAUAGCCGGCGGUGAGGCUGAGAUUUUCCAAGUACCAGACGUUAGUUACAGAAAUGAGAAUGGUGGAGAAGAAGACCGAAGCAAACUUGGAAAGACUAAUGCAGAUUUUGCGUAUAAAAUUUUAACUAGAGAAACAUUGGUCGAGCAUGAUUACUACUUGUUCGGAAUACCUGCUAGGUUUGGUAAUUUCCCCGCGGACUGGAAAACUUUUUGGGACUCCAAUACCGGUGGACUUUGGGCAAAGGGUUCCCUUCAUGGCAAAAUUGCCGGCUUGUUUGUCUCGGGCGCAAUUAGCGGCAAAGGGGAUACAGAAAUGUGCAUCAUGAACGCAAUGAGCACCUUGGUCCAUCAUGGAAUCAUCUAUGUCCCAUUGGGGUACAAGAACGCAUACAAGGAAUUAACCAACACUGAUGAUGUCAAUGGCUCCUGCGCCUGGGGCGCAGGAUGCGUCUCUGGAGUGGACGGCGGCAGAUCGCCCAGUGUGUCUGAGUUGAAGGUUCACCAAUUACAGGGUAAGGCGUUUUACGACCGCAUCAAAGACUUGUAA